AAGGCGACAGUCAUAUUCAGGGUCGUAUGAUGACGGGGAGGUGAACAGGAUGCCCAGUUUCAGACUAAAUGCAGAUGGAGCUAUACUCUCACAAAUGUCUGAGGAUAAAUCAGCUCAAAAACUGAUCACUACCUUUCACCACAGAUUCAACAGCUUUGAAGAGAGGUCCCCUGAGACAUCUCCUACUUCUUCUCUUCAUUCACCUGUUUUCUCCUCCUCUUCCCACUCCUUGCCAGCCUUCGCCCCGUCUCCCUCCUCAUUCCCCUCAUCCUCCUCCCCCGCCGCAUCAGUCUUUGCUGACACUCCUUUCUCGUUCCCCUCAUCCUCAUCUUCAUCCUCUCCCGAGCUGCGUCUGGUGCUACUCGGACAGAGCGGAGCAGGGAAGAGUACAGCUGGCAACAUCAUUCUGGGGCGGGAGGAGUUUGCUACACGCCCAGGCAGACUCACAGCGAUCACUCAGGAGUGUGAGAAAAAGAAAGCGCUGGUUGAAGGAAGAAGGGUGGCAGUGGUGGAUACUCCAGACUGGUUCAAUUCAGAGCGCACGCCAGAUGAGAUGCGAGCUCAGAUAUCUUCCUGCGUCACCCUGUCCAGUCCUGGUCCACAUGCCUUCCUCCUGUGCAUUCCCUUAAACCAGCCUGCACAGGGUGAGCUGCAGACUCUCUGGGCCCUUGAGAAGGUUUUCGGGCCAGCAGCGGUCCAGAGACACACUCUGGUCCUCUUUACUCACAUGGAUCGACUAAGGGAGAGUGGGAAGGCAAGAAACAACAAUGUAGAGGCAUACAUUGCCAGUCAGCGGGGGGAUUUGUUAAAGAUCGUGGAGAAAUGUGGGGACAGGUUUCAUGUGAUGGAGACGGAAGGUGGGAGAGAGAGGAGGAAUGUGGCAGAGCUGCUCGAAAAGGUGGAGCAGACAGUGAAGGAGGCCGGAGGACAGUGUUAUUCUUGUCCUGCUUUUCAGGAGGCAGAGAACCGAGUGAGGCAGAGACAGGAAGAGAUAGCAAGGGAGAGAAGGGGCAAAAAGUUAGAGCAAGGAACACUAGGAGAGGUUAGCCAGCUCAGCUAUGGAAGGGGGUCACUGUAUCCCUACAUGCAGUCUGUGGAAGAAGAGGAAGUGAGAGAGGAUGAGAUUGAGAAAACAAGGGAUGAGGCAGAGAUGAGUGUAAGCACCAUGAAUAUAGAGAGCCUUCCUCCUAUUUCGCCCUCAAGCUUGUCCCCUUCACUUCUUUGUUCCUUUAUGGAGAAAAUGGAGUCUGGUGCAAAGCUGCUUCCACAGCUGUGGGCAGAUAAGUCUCUGUGGGUCAGUGACGGAACAGAGAGGGUGAAAAGCAGUCCGGUGUGGGGGACAGUUGGCAGUGCAGCAGGAAACAUGCAGAAGAUGGUGAUUGAUAGUUCAUUGUGGGAGAAGCUGGGAGCUAGUGUCGAGCAUAUGUCCAAGCUAGUAGGAGAUAGAGUUCCUCAGGUAGUGGUGGACGGGUCUACAUGGGUGGGAUCCGGAGCGAAAGCGGCGGCAGCAAGUCCUGUGUGGGGAAAAGUUGGUUCAGGGGCCAAACUAAUGGCAGAUACCUCAGUGCGUGUUGGAGCUGGGAUUGGUGCCGGGGCAAAGACUUUGGCACAGAGUCCGGUGUGGGAGAAGGUGGGAUCUGGAGCCAAAGCUGGAGCCAUAAAGGUGGCUGAUAGCCCGGUGUGGGAGAAAAUUGGAAUGGCUGCUAAACAGGUGCCCAAGGUGGUUUAUGGGGGUGCUUUGCUAGGUCUGGUACUUGGUGUGUUUUUUGGAGGGGUGCUUGGUGGAGCUGUUGGGGCAGCUGCUGGAUCUGCGGUGACUGAAGUGGGCAGACGAAGACUCGGCAACAAAAACACAUUAGAUAAGACAAAUGAAGCAACAAAAAAUGUGGAAAGAGCAGUCAACAACAGCAUGGACUUUCUGGCAAAACAAGGAGAGAAGUCACUGAAAACUGAAUAAAUGACUGAAUACAGCAUAAUAUAAAAUGUAUAACAAGUGUAAAAAGAAGCAUUGAGUACCCUUCACUUUUAUUUUGACAUCUUGGCUACUUUUCACACUUUUCUAUUAGGCUGUCGUUGUCUCUCUUCACAGAAAUUGAGUGAUGGGCAAUUUGAAAAUACACCUGUCAGUUUGUUAUAGUUUAUAAACAAAUGUCUACAGGUGACUCUUGACUUUAGUUGUAUUCCCUUUUUACUUGUGUUGCAGUUAAUGAAGGAGAAUGGAGCUUUUUACAAAAGGGUGAAUAUCACCUACACUGAAUAUUUCUC